AUGGCCAUGAGGGUCCCUCGAGAUGCGUCGCUGCCGAAUCCUGACCCGUCGGCCGAUUCUCCCUCCGCAGCGCUGGUCAACGAGCACGCACCGUACAUGGUGGCCACGUAUGCGCGCCCGCCGCCCGUGUUCGUCCAGGGAGAGGGGUCGUAUGUGUGGGACGUGGAGAAUAGGAAGUAUCUCGAUUUCACGGCCGGUAUUGCGGUAACGUCGUUGGGGCAUAGUGACGCCGAGUUUACAAACUUGUUGACGCAGCAGGCCAAGACGCUUAUCCACGCUUCUAAUCUGUACUACAAUCCAUGGACGGGGGCCCUCUCCAAAUUGUUGGUGGAAACGACCCGCUCGUCGGGGGGAAUGCACGACGCAGCGAGGGUGUUCGUCUGCAAUUCCGGCAGCGAGGCCAACGAGGCGGCUAUCAAAUUCGCCCGCAAGACAGGCAAGAUCCUAGACCCAUCAGGGGAAAAGACGGAAGUCGUGUCCUUCAACAAUGCGUUCCACGGCCGCACAAUGGGGUCCCUGUCGGCGACCCAUAAUCCCAAGUAUCAGAAGCCGUUUGCGCCCAUGGUCCCCGGCUUCGUGCAAGGCACGUACAACGACAUCAACGGGAUCAAGAGCCUCGUCACGGAGAAGACGUGCGGUGUCAUCGUGGAGCCUAUCCAGGGCGAGGGCGGCGUCAUGACUGGCUCGGAGGAAUUUCUGGUCGCGCUGGCGCAGCGGUGUCGCGAGGUGGGCGCCGUGCUGAUAUAUGAUGAGAUUCAGUGCGGGAUGGGCCGCACGGGGACGUUUUGGGCGCACGGGUCGCUGGCGAAGGAGGCGCAUCCUGAUGUUAUUACGACGGCGAAGGCGCUGGGGAAUGGGUUCCCCAUAGGGGCGGUGGUGGUGAAUGAUUUUGUGGGUGAUAAGAUUCAGGUUGGCGAUCAUGGGACUACGUUUGGUGGGAAUCCGCUGGCGUGUCGGCUGGCGCAUUAUCUGGUUGGUCGGCUUUCUGACGAGACGUUGCGGAAGGGCGUGGUCGAGAAAGGGAGGUUGUUUAGGGACGGGUUUGAUAAGUUGAGGGAGCGGUUUCCCGAGCUGAUUACGGAGGUUAGGGGACGGGGCUUGAUUUUGGGCUUGCAGUUGACGGAGGAUCCUGGUGCUAUUGUCAAGGCCGCGAGGGAGAGGGGCCUAUUGGUGAUUACGGCGGGUACGAAUACGUUGCGGUUUGUGCCGAGUUUGGUGGUUUCGGAGGAGGAGAUUGCGGAGGGUUUGGAGAUUUUGGGUGAGGCUAUUGCCGCGACUAGGUGA